AUGGCGUACCCUUCCUACCCUGCCUAUCAGCAAGCACCUUACUACCCGCCACCUGUUGCGGUUCAGCCCCCUGCUGAUUUGUUUCGGAGGCAAUAUGCAGAUAGGUUGAGGGCGCUUACGUUCAACUCGAGACCCAUUAUCCAAGAUCUUUCCAUGCUUGCGCUGGCAGCUCGAGAUCGCAAUGAUUGGGAAGGGAUGCAGAUCGUGGUUGAAGAGAUUGAGAUGGCUGUGCUUCGGGCUCCGCCUACACAGAAGCUUCCGCUGCUUUAUCUCUUGGAUUCCGUCUCAAAGAACGUUGGAUCUCCAUACACGACACAUCUUCUUCCCCCUAUCAUCCCCCGACUCUACGUCCGUACUUAUCGCGAAGUUGACGGGGUCACAAAAGCCAAGAUGGAAGAGAUGAUCGGACUUUGGCGGAAUGGCGGUCCCAACGGGUCUGACCUGUAUGGGGCGGGUGUGCGAGACCAAGUCGAGCGAGAGCUCUUUGGAGCUGCUGGCUAUCACAAUAGUUCCGCGGGGCCUAGCCGGCAGCAGGUUCAGUCUCUACUCAAUGCUACGCUGGAUGGUAAGCGUCGAGAGCUAGCGGUGAGACCUGCAGAUGGACAGGUCGCGAUCCAGAUGAAUGCAUUGCAGGGUAUCGGCGAAUUACUCAAUACCUCGAAUAUCUCGCCGCAGGAGUUGAGUGCUAUCAUGGCCCAGCUAAAGUCUAUGGCUGCUGCACCGCGGCCGCCUGUACCUACCCCUCUUCCCGUACCUUCAACGCCAGCUUGGGGGGUCGCCCCUACUGCGUCCGCGCCACCGGCGUCGCUCCCACCAUUCCCUCCCAAACUGCCAAGCACCGGUAACGGCUGGCCACCGCCUGUCCGUCCGCCUUUCGCUCCCACCCUCCCCACCCCUUCUACGGUGGUCUCUACGCCUCCAGCGCCUCAUCUCAACACGCCUAUCCCACCCACUGGCUCUACGACACCGGCUACGGUGGCUGCAACACCUGUAGCAGCACCAGUUGCUCCUAUCCCCAAUCUGCCCGUCGAUGUUGCCAAGAUUCUUCAAACGCUCAACAAAUCAGGUCUUGGUAGUCAGCCGAGGACACCCGAGGUCCCUCUCUCUAGUACACCUGUACCGCCGGUCAAGUCGAGCUUGGAGGCCUAUGAGGAUCUCAUUCUGGGUAUGGAUACGAGAUUGAAAUCUUUAACCUUGAAUGUCCCUCAUCGACUUUCUUUCGACCACCUUCCUCACCAAUGUAAUCAAUGUGGCGAAAGGUUUGCCUCUGACAAUGCUGCCGCCAAGGCGCACAUGGACUGGCAUUUCAGAAGAAACAGACAGGAGCGUGAGACGGGUGGAAGAGGAGCCCAUAGGAAGUGGCUGCCACGAGUUGAAGAAUGGAUCAAGAAUGCUGUCGAGCUUCCAGCUGUGUCGGACCAGGCGACCAAGACGGAAAACUCGGCCAUUUCGUCCGAGCGAUUAGCACAACUGCGGCAGAGGUGGGUUCCAGCGCCUCAGGAUUCAAAGAAGGCAUCCGUGUGUCCCGUUUGCAAAGAGGCAUUCAAAGCGGAAUGGUCGGAAGAUGAAGAGGAGUGGGUUUGGAGAAAUGCUCUGAUCAUCAACAAAGUGCAUUACCACGCUACCUGUCGAGCUGAGCAAACAUCUGCUAUGAAGAGAUUGAAGGGUGACAACAGUCGACGGACUUCAUCCAGUGCUAGUCCAGCGGCCACUGCAGCCGAUGAACAAACCCCUCCAAAGCGUAAAGCGGAGGAUGCUCAGUACGAAGGGGACAGCGCAAAGAGAGUGAAGCUUGAAGAGGGUAGUCGCGGUGAUGGCGAGCAUCUGGGGGAAGCGACGCUGCCGCAGGAGACAGUCAAGCGUGAGGAAACGAAGGAGGACGCAAUCGAGGAUAAUCAAAGUCUAGAUAUCGUAAUGGGAUAUCAGCAGAUUGACGGAGGCGGCACGGAGGAGCAGGAGGUCCAUAAUUAA